CAAUGUGAAUGAAAAGGGAUAGAGCGCCUAUAAACUCGCCAGUACCACAUUAGCCCAAACAAUCAUUUUCCUGAAAUCCCCAAAAUACAAUUCCUCCUCUCGUAGGUUUGCGCUAUUACGGAAAAUGAUAGCUGGUUUUUUUUUUUUUAAUUCCCCUGAUACGAUUGACAAAUCACGGGAUGUGUAAUUAUUUCCUUGUUAUCUGAAUGCUUAAACAGAUCCACGAUAGGAAUGAAAUUCCUCGAUGGCGCUACUUCCUUAUUUGGUAGCAAUGACUUCAAUACCUCAUUGAAGUUUUGAUUAAACGGGAUGCAGCCGGACGGUAAGGGGAGGAAACGUCAGCAGCAAUCGCGGUUUCAAAAGGGGGGGGGGUGGUCGGUAGAAGGAAAGGUGUUUGGAUGCUUCAGAAAUGAAGAUUGUGUGGUUAAGAUGAAGGUAGAGAUGUAUCUCAUUGUUCGGAGGAGAGUUUUUGAUAGUUUAAUAGAGGAGGAUGAGGAAAUUGAAGUGGUGAAAAUUUCACUAGGUCGAAGCCAAAAAAUGGCAUCCAUGGACGGCAGAAAAAUGGAAGCGAAUCUUCAUGAAAGAGGAGUAGGACUACACAUACGCAACAAAGAGAAGAGGAAGAUGGAGAAGUACGUUAUUUGUUCAGAGUGCCACCAAGGUGGAGAUAACGGCCUGGUGUUACAUUGUGAACUCGGUGAUUCACCAGCCCACACAUAUUGCGUUGCUCUGGGACGGGAAGAAUCUGAAGGUAAUUGGUAUUGCGGUGGAUGUACACCAGUUGCUUUGGGAUCUUCAUGUCCCAAGUUCAAGAACGUGUUGCUGGUUGACAUAUGCCAGAGUCUACCUGGUAGAGCAUCACCUGUUGCACACGUUCGAGAAAUCAUAGAACUUCACUUGAUGUGUUCACCUUUUAGUCAAGGAUUUGGUAACCUUUCAUCUAGAUUUUCGAGCAGAUGUGUUGAGGGAACUUCUCCAGUAUCCGGCGGUGGACCACCAACUUUAUCGGAGAGACGCUGGACACACCAUCAAAUUCAGCAACUACUUCAAAACCGUAGAAUUAAUUCUACGACUAGCAGAAGAAACAGUAUUUUAGCCACCAAUUCAAUCAGUAACUUCCAUAGUUUACAAAUUGAUCCAAGCAGGGAAAGAGCCACUCAACGUUCAGGGAUGCAAGAUGUGGGAACAUCAUAUCAUAUCACACAUGCUUUGAGGAGAGACAAGGCGACAAUAUUUAUCCACGCAUGCAGGGUGGGGACCCUUUGGCAAUGAGAGUAAGCAAUGCCAGGAGGUCGGUGGUUCAAGAUUCAACAUCAAGCAACAGACCUGUGACUAGGAAGGGCAUUGCGGCCUAAACUGUUUGACGAUUCAGGUCAUGGUCCUUUCAAGGACAUUGUUAGGAGUUCUACACACACCAUAUUAGCUGCUUGCGGGCUUGAGCACAGAAGGAGCGAGAUUUGCUCCGCACCUCCACCGUCCAUCUAUCCGCACGUUGAACUAACGAAUGGUGGACGAACGAGUCUGAUUAAAAGAAGCUGCUCAUCUGGCUAUAAUUAUUUUGUUGGGGAUGUGGUGAAGAGGAUCAUGGGUACAUGAAUUCCCCGAAGGUUACGUUUAGGACUUCAGGCAUUAUUGCAGUGUCUAAAAGCACGUCGUUUUUCGUUUGGUGUCGAGAACAGUAUAUCAUACAAGCGGUAAUGCAUGUAGAAAUAUGAGCCACUAACCUAUGAAGAUUG